AUGGAGGCGCCGGCUUCGUCCGACAGUGCCACCGAAUUCAGCUUCUUUCAGCAAGCGCUCCAUCUCCAGGAGAAAGCUCCCGAGCCGGAACCCACAAUUGACAACACCGAGUCUUCAAAGGCAAUGCCGCCGCCAAAGCAGAGAAACAAGGUUCCGUUUGAGAAAGGCUUCAGCCAGAUGGACUGGCUCAAGCUCACCCAGAGCCAUCCAGAUCUAGCAGGUUGGCCGUGCUCAAGCGCUCUCCUUCAUGUCUAUACCACUACUUCUUUGCGCAGGGCUCAAGGGGCGAUCCAACAGGAGAAUGAUAGCUAUGGAGGAAGUAAAGCAACACAGGAAGCAAGACGAUGCAUGGACAGUUCUACGCGGUCGGGCCUGGACAUGCUGAUGAAGGCAGCAGGCAAAGAUUGCACUUCUCUCUUCAGUAAGUUGAUUUGUUUUCUUGGCCCUGUGCUCAAAGCUUUGUUUGCUCCAGACAAAUACCACGCUUGGGUGAAUGCCGAGUUCCUCCUGGAGAGAUGCCUCUUGGGCGCUCUAGAACAAUAG